GUCAUUGAUGUGUCAUUGAAGCGUGUGAACGUAAUCCACCGCACCCCGCGCUGACUGCCUUUGCUGGCUGUGGCAGUUAUGGUGUCCACUAGGAGGACUGCGGAAGUAUCACACUGGCAUCUCAUGCCGGUAGACAUCCUUACGACAGUCUUCGCCUUGCUGCCUGAAAAGGACAGGUGCCAGGCUGGCUUGGUGUGUAAAGCGUGGAACGCGGUAGUGAACACACCACAUCUGUGGAGACACCACACAUUUUCCUUCCGCGGCACGAACGGGAAGGAGGCAUGGCGGGCCUGCAAGUUUGUGGAGAGCGCGCUGGGUGCCCACGUCUUGCACAUGGUCCUAGAAAUCGGCAUGCCGGUCGUCCUGAACGCCAAGACCAUUUCGCGGUCUGUCGAGGCCUUCUUGAGCGACCGCGCCACCCUCUCGCUACGCCUGAAGAGCUUCCAGUGCACCGGUCUGGAGUACUUUCAGUCCCCCGUGUACCGCAUUGCACGCCACCGCAACCGCAUGGUCCGCGCACUGUGCACCUUCCUACGCCGACAGAAAUGGCUGGAGGAGAUCGACCUGGCUUGCUGCCAGAUGGGACGACCCGACGGAACGCGAGUGCUGAAGGCCAUCGCCUACAAGGGGCGCCGAAGUGUCAAGAACCCGCAAAGUCCUUUAACCUACCUAGAGCUUCGUCACUUCUUCAUGCAGGAGGCCAACAUCUUGGACUGCCCUUUGUUUCCGGUAGAGAUGAGGCGUUUCGACUCCCUACGGCAUCUGUGCCUCAACCACAGCUAUGUCAACGACGACGUGUUGGACAACCUGACCAACCCGUCCAACACGCUGCGGGUCCUGCAGCUGCAGGUGGAGGUCUCCCAGUACAUACACCUGAUUCCGCUCUCAACAGCCAUCCCCAGCAAGUCUGUGUUGACUUCCGCGGGAUGGCGUUCCGCUGCGGGCAGGUGUCCUUUGCUACGUGUCUUCAUCACCAUGAAAGGUCGGUUCCGCGCCAACGACUUCACGCGAGUCCUCGUUCCCGGCAUUCCGCUCGCAGAGCUGCGCGUGACCUCAGUGGUGGCGUCACUCUUCUUUGGCUUGGAGGAUUUUCUUCCGCACCUUAGGGUCUUGAUGGAUCUGAUGAAUCAGCAUUAUAGUGGCUACCUGACGACCUUCCACAUCAACUGGAGCGAGAUGGGCGCCAUCUGGCCUUAUGAAGCAGACCUGGUGCGCCUGUUUCGGCAGUGCCGAUUUCUAAGUGACGUGAUUUUGACGAUGCGUGUACCCGUUGACACACUCCUCAACAUCCACAAAGCCGUGGUUGCAGAAAAACGAGGUCGCAUGAAGCUCCAGAUUGCAGGGCUGGAGCCUCCGCUGAUGGAGAACUUUUGUCUCAAUUUUCCCUACAUCACCGUCAAACAUCUCGGGGACUGAGGGUGGCCCCUUCUUCCUCGCUGACCGCAAGGAUAGCGACUGCUGAUGAAUGUGCGUACAUGGCGCCGGCAACAAGACGGCACCGAUUUGUUGUCUACUAUUGCUUAUACAUCUCAUUCCUCAACACUGGCAGAGACAUAAGUUUUCCCCGCUUUUAAAAUUUGAUCCUUGUAAAGAUGUAGACAUCGCGGCACGGCACGACCUGACUGUAAGGCUUGGCUACAACCGAACACUGUAGAUGCACUGAGAUGGAUUACUAACUCUCUCUAUUACUACCUGCUCAGCAUCAGCAUGAAAAGCUUAAAAAAUUGAAUUUUAAUGCUUCAAGAGAAAGGGGCAUUUUUUUCAAAGUAGAAAUGUAACAGCAUUUUUUCGAUCAGUAAUUUUAUAUUAUCUGUAGAUUAUCUAAUCAACCUGAUGAUAACGAAAGGGCAAUAUUGAAAAGAAUUAUGGCUUCUAGAAAGGAUGCAAAAAUAAUCUUUCUCAUUUGCUUGCCUUACUUUCCCCUUACGUCCAUUAAACUAAGUGUUAUUCGAGCAAUGGCUUUUAGACAUAAACAGUCUAGUGCUAUAUGGAGACACUAGAUCUUUUGAUAAGUGGUAUAGAAUUAAUUCCUAUUCGUAACAAUUUGCCUUUUCUCCAUUUACAAUGAGCUCAAAUCAAGUCUUUUUUUUAAACUGGGAAAACAUUGUUCUUAAAGGAAGACGUGAAUCAAAUACAGUACACAGCACAUGAGUUUUGUAAACAAUAAUACAGAAAACAGUUGUACUUAUUUCAUAUCUGUAAUACACAUUGGACGAAAUUUAUAUUUAUAGAUUUUACGUCUAAUUGAUCUGUGGCAUAUAUUUGUAUAAUAAAAUGAUUUCUUACAGCAAUAUUGGUCCAAAACAAAUAUUUUGUUUCUUCACUUUUUUUUUUGCGGUCCCCUCACUCACUCCGCUGUGAUGAGAGCAGUCUUGACAUGAGAUAUCGUGCGAGACCUGAUAUGCGGAGUUGUUGGGGCAUGAUUAAGAGACACAAAGACGAUACAGCAUUCUCCUCUGUCAGUUCUGUCUUCAUUUUUGUUUGAAAUACGUACUCGUGGACAUCACGAAAUAGGUUCAUAUACCACACACAACUUUCAAACAAUAGAUAAUUCUUCGUUCUCCAAAGCAUAACACAGGACGGCACAAUUGUUAAGAGAAAAGGACAUUUACUAGAGUGAUGGAACUGUAAUUAUAGCAACAAAACAAAUAUAGGAAGUUUCCCUUUAUCCCUUCUCUUAGGCACAGAACAUCAAAUUACAACACAAUAGGAGAUCAAUUUCAGUGUUUUUAUCACCUGUAAAACUAACUACUAUUAACUUGACACAUUUGUAUAUACAGUAAUGGCGAUCCAUUCUAAACAAGAUAAGAUACAUACGACACCUCGACCAUUUCAUGAGAAGGAAGAUUACGUCCCCCGGCGUUUGUUUUUUUGAACCCCUGUUUAUGGAAUUUGCCUUUUUUGAGAAUUCCUAGAUUUGUUACUAGGUUAUUCUUACAAUGUUUUACAGGAAAUAUAAGUGCAACUUCUGACAACAACUGAAAAACGACAACGAGCUCUCUUUUGCCGGAGGUCGAUAUUUCAAACACGCUAGUUUAAAAUUUCAGUAUUCAGAGUUUCGUAAACGAAACUAUUCCGCAGUUAAAUUUAAGAUAAGAUGUUAUCGAUUCUGUAUUAAUACGGGAAGCCCAAAAGUCGUGUGUUUUUCAAUUUAAAAAAUUUUAGUUUCAACUUGUUU